AUUUUAUUUUUUUUUUAUUUCUUUCCAUCGCUUCCUUUUUCUCAAGCAAUGGAACGCGAAGUUCCGAUUCCGAUCUUAUCUUUGUUCGAUUUCCAUAUGUUUUAACUCCCAUCUAAUCCCUAAUUCCUCGUUUCGCCGGCGAAUUGCUAUGGCCGCCGUGUUCCAGUUCGAUCGAGACUAUUUUCGUCUCAGUAUCGAAUGGUACAGAUGAUGAACACAGGCCGACUUUAGUUAAAAUCCUGUAAUUGGGUGUGUAUUCAUGGUUUUGGGUACUGUAAUUUGAUGUUGUGUGUAAAUUUCUGGAAGUAAUUGCUUCAUCUGUGCUUACUUUAUCGGAAAUGGAGCAUCUUCCUGUUGAAGUGAUCGGAAACAUACUUUCCCAGCUCAGAGGUGCCCGAGAUGCAGUGAUUGCUUCGGCAACUUGCAAGAAAUGGAGAGAGGCUUGGCGCAAUCACCUUCACACCCUCUCUUUUGAUUCUCAUGAUUGGCCUGUCUAUCAUGAACUCUCAACCAGCAGAUUGGAAAUUCUUAUAACUCAAACAAUAUUUCAGACAACUGCGCUGCAACAUUUAGCAAUUUCAAUGGAUGAAGUUGAUGAAUUCUCUGCUGCACCCGUGAUGGCUUGGCUCAUGUAUACCAGGGAUACUUUGCGCCAACUGCACUAUAAUGUGAAGACAACCCCGAUCUUUAAUAUUAUUGAGAAAUGUGGUCGACAGAAGCUUGAAGUGCUGGCAUUGGCUCAUAACUCUAUAACAGGGGUCGAACCCAGCUAUCAGAAGUUCCCUUGCUUAAAAUCUCUUUCACUUAGUCAUGUCAGUGUCUCUACAUUGGAUUUGAGCCUUCUUUUGACCACUUGUCCUAAACUCGAGAAAUUGGCUCUGAUCAGUCCGGACAUUGCUAUGUCUGAUAUGGAAGUUAGCAGUUCUUCAUUGAAAGAUAUAUAUGUUGAAGCAAUCAGUUUGGACAAGUUUAUAUUGGAGGCUGAUACCCUUGAAGCAAUGCAUUUAAAAGAUUGUACCCUUGAGCUGUUUGAAGUAGUUAGCAAGGGAGCUUUGAGAGUUCUAAGGAUUGAUGAUGUUAGUGUUAUCCAUCUUGACAUUGGUGAGAACACGGAAAAUCUCGAGGUUGUAGAUGUCUGCAACUUCACAAUUAUGUGGCCAAAAUUCUACCACAUGAUCUCGAAGUCAUCGAAGUUAAGGAAGCUUCGGCUUUGGGGUGUUGUAUUUGAUGACGACGACGAGGUAGUGGAUUUAGAGACUAUUUGUAUGUGUUUUCCUCGGCUAAGCCAUCUAUCACUAUGUUAUGAUUUGAAAGAUGGAACCCUUCAGCAUAGCUUGCAGGGGUCAUCUCAUUUGCUGAAUGUGGUAGUGCUUGAGCUUGGAUGGAGUGUAGUUAGCGAAUUUUUCUCUGAAUGGAUGGGGAAACUUCUAGGAAGGUGCCCCAAUUUGAAGAAGUUGAUCAUAUGUGGGGUUGUUUCUGAGGUCAAAACCCAUGAAGAAUGCCAAACUUUAGCGAACUUCACUUUCUCCGUUGUCCAGUUGAUGAGAAAGUAUGCGCACGUAGACGUUCAGUUUGAAUACGAAUAGAAAGUUCAUGGAUGUCUCGAAAUCGACUCGAGGGUCGUAUGAGAAUGAGAUUAUAUCCACCCCACCCCAUGAGGAUUCUGACGAUCCUACUUGUUCCAUUGUCAAUUCUGAAAUCCUUUGUGUUUCUUUACAAGCAUUCAUUACUUUGAGCAAUUGUCAAUUGCAGUCCUUGUUGACAAAUGACGAACUUUUAUUUUCUUUUUCCACAGAAUCAUUUUUUAGAGACUUCCUAGGAUUCAUAAUCUAUGUUCUCUGAUUUUGUAUAUUUUUCCAAGUCCCCUGAACUCUUUAACCAAAUAGCAUUGACAAAUCAUGUGCAUUUA